AUGGCCGACGCCCUCGACAUGUCUCUCGACGACCUCAUCUCCAAGAGCAGGAGUACCCACCAACACCCCGGCGGGAGACGCCCUGCCUCCAGAGGCGGAGUCCCCGCACCCACGGCGCCGCGACGCCGCUUCAACACCCGCGCUGCCGCAGCACCUUACCUCCGCCGCGCAACCUUCUCUUUCAAGCCACUUGUGCGACCUAUGGAUUAUGCUGGAUAUAGGGCCGCCCAGCCCCGGCCGCCGAUGGUGUCCGCCCUCGACGAGCCCACCAAGCUCUACAUCUCCAACCUCGACUACGGCGUCUCCAACGACGACAUCAAGGAACUCUUUUGUGAUGUUGGUGAUAUCAAGCGUUACUCUAUCAACUAUGAUAGGAGUGGAAGAUCAAAGGGAACUGCAGAGGUUGUCUUCUCUAGAAGGUCUGAUGCUCUAGCUGCUGUUAAGAGGUACAACAAUGUGCAGCUUGAUGGCAAACCUAUGAAGAUUGAAAUCAUUGGGACAAACAUUGAGGCGCCACCGCCACCAACUGCUAUCUUCUCCUUCAAUCCGCCAGCUGGAAACUUCAAUUUGCCUUUCAAAAGGAUCUGGAGUAAGAAACCAGCAUUGAAAUUUUGCAGUGGGCCUGGAAGAGGUGGUGCUGGAGGAUGGCCUCAGAGCAGAGGUGGAUUUGGUGGGCGUGGGCGUGGGCGGGGGCGGGGGAGGGGGAGGGUUGAGGGUCGUGGUGAGAAAGUUUCUGUUGAAGAUCUGGACGCAGACUUGGACAAGUACCAUGCUGCAGCAAUGGAAACCAGCUAA